UUGUGGGUGUAGUAUUAUAGCUGCCAACUAAUUUCUUGUUUAGCUAUACUUCACACGUUUCUCUUUCUUUCAAGUCUAACGAAACAAGAAAUGAUAUAAAUAGGGCUUCUUCUUUUGGAAAAUAAGUUUUCUUCUUCUCUAAUUUCUUAGGAUCCAUUUGUCUAGCUAGCUAAGAUGAGAAAGAUGCUAUGUUCUAAGCUCAAAUCACCAUUCGGAAAUAAAGGUACAUAUGAAAAAGAAGAGGAUAGAAGUAGCUUAAUGAGCAAGCCAAAUGUGAGAGAGGAAUACAAGGAAGCCUUUCGCACAAAGUCUUAUAUAGAUAUAUGCGAUAAAGUCCAAAGCCAUCUCGUAAAAGUAACAAGUUACGACGAGGAGAAAUUCACUGCCUCGCCGCCGCCGCCGCCGCACCUCUCCCAGCAUCUACUCGAUCCCCAUAAAAAACCCUCAACCUCUUCCACUUCCAAAAUCCCCAAUUUCCACCAAUUCUUCACGAAUUACUUCGACAUAACCCUAGAAGCAUGCAGAUUCUGCGAAACCCUCCUCACAAACAUCAACAAAGCGCGCAAGAAUCAUCUCAGAAUCAAGAAAUCCAUCAAGAUAAUCCGACGAAUCUCCUCCUCCUCAUCCGCCGCCGAUGAAUACCUCGCCGUGCAUAAGAAUCUCGCGGCGUUCGCGGCGCAAAGAAACCCCUUCUACACCACGAACGCCGCGAGAUUCCUCGAUCUACGCAAAGCCCACGUGGCCAUGUUCCAAGAGCUCACAUCCACGUGCAAAAAGCUCAAGAGGAGAGCGACGGCCGUCAAACUCGUCAAGAAAGCAACGACUGUUCUGGUUCUCAUGGGAUUCGGUGCAUUAGUCGCGGCCGUGUUCGCAUUCUCCAUGCACUGCACGGCGGGGCUGGCAGCCGCGCCGGCCCUGGCCGUGCUGGUGCUGGCGGCGAGGAAGAUGUGGCGGAACUGCGGCGACGAGAAGCGGCUGGAGGGUAUGGCGGAUAAGCUCGAUGCGGCGGCGAGGGGUGUUUUUAUAAUGGUCAACGAUUUCGCGACGGUGAGCAUGAUCGUGAGGAGGUUGGAGGAUGAGAUCGAGCAUAGGAGAUUUGUUGCAGAUGUUUGUGUUAGGAAAUUAGGGAAGAAGGAGACGUUGAAGGAGGUGGUGAGGGAAUUUCAAAUGCAAGAAUCUUGGUUUGUGGAGCAGUUGGAGGAGCUGGAGAGACAGAUUUGUUUGUGUUUCUUGAACAUGAAUCGAUCGAAAAGGUUGCUUGUAAGAGAGAUGGUUUGAUUAAGUGGAUUUGAUGUCGUCGUGUAACAUCUUUUAUUGCAUUAAUUUGUAGAUAAUUAUCACGUUCCAAGGAAACUUAAAUAUUUGCAUAUAUUAAAUAGAAAAUAGAAUAAUAAAUUACUCCUA